UGUGGCAGUAGCAGGAGACUGAGCACACACCUCUUUAACCCCAAACACAAAGCUAAGAGCAAACUGAAAGUGGUAUAUGGACUUUUAAUUUAAAAUCCAAGGUCAAGAGAUAUACUUCCCCUGUGAGACUAUACCACCCAAACCUCCUCCAACAGAGCUACCAUUGUCGGACAAAUCUCAUUCAAAUCACUACAGUGCCCAUAUGGACCGAUUAAUUUGUAUCUGUACCAAUCUUAGUUGGAUUCUUAUGGGAACAUAAUCAGUGGGUAUAAACUUUAUAUUAACAUCUUCACAUUUGUGUAUCUGAGGAUGUGUGUGUGUGUGUGUGUGUGUGACUGUGUCUGUCUGUGUGUGUGUGUACAUGCUCACUGAUGUGUGCUUAGAUCACAACCCCCCAGAGGGAAACCAUCAGAAACCAGAACAGACCAGACUGCAAAAUGCAAGGUUAACUUCUUUAUUGCAAGUACAGGCUAGCCAGGAACUUCUCCUCCAAAACCCUAAAACAGCAAGAAUGUCUAACAGCCUCUGUUAUGAAGCUAGAACCCCGAAGAACUGUCUCAUCUUCUUUAGACAAGUGCAUCAGCCAUUUCUCUGUGGGUUCCGUACAUCCAGCCCACACAGCACACCAUUAAGCAGUGCAGGUAUGCCUGAUACUGACACCCUAAAAAUAAGAAAAGAGGCCCAGCUGAUGUAUCCACCGACAUCGCGAUUGUGCACUGCUCAGCUGUCCACUCAUCAGAUUUAUACCAGUGACGCUGGAGCACAUGCUUCUAAAACUCUUGACUGGCUCUGGUCCCAGAUUGAUGGUAAUAUACAGAGAUACCCACAACUGAUGAAGAUCCAGAUAAUUAGAGACUGUGGAAUGCUCAGCCCUAAAUUGGACAUCUAUAUCACUCCCCUGAUCCCUAGGCUCAGAUCAUUGCUGAGCAAGAAUCAGAAUAAGAAGAGCCAGAGGCCCCAGCCCUAGAACUUCUGAGAACCUCCCAGCUAUGGACAUUAUGAGUUUCUAAGACUCAACACACAAAAUGCUACUCUCCAGGAUGAAGAUAAUAGUACAUCUAUCAGAAGUUGUCUCCGUACCUAUCUGUUCCUUGUUUGUUUUUAUAAGAAUUCUAGAAGCUUCUUUAGUGCCAAACCAUUACUGGAAGAAGAGAAUCCACCACCUCUUCAAUGCAACUCCUUGCUAUCUGUCAGCAUCACUUUUUCUGCCCACCUCCUGCCUUCUCACUCUGACCUCUGCAUGUUUCACCCCUUGGAAGGAUUUGAGUAAACUCAUGGAGUGUGUUUGCAAAGUGUUCUCCAGCAAACCAGAAACCAUUGUCCAGGGGAGAGACAGUCCUUGAGCUAGAGUCCAGACUAACAAGAUUCAGUAGAAACAUGAGUGUCGGUGUCCUACCUUGGCAUGAUACACAUUUCUCUGUUUUUCUUGAGGGGUGUCUGCUGUGUUUUUUGUGCUAUUUUUCUGUGGCUAGUGGAAGAGGAUGCACUAUGAUUCUAUCUUGCCAAAGACCCUGCUGACUCUCUCUGGGUCACAGAGAGCUUGGUGAGGCAGGUAGAAAUUUACUCAAAGAGUUGAGAGCUGCCUGCUCACUGGCCAAUGACUGCCCAGAGACAUCUUCCUAGAUGAUUGUAUUAAAUGACACUCUCCAUAUACACAUUCUUGUC